AUGGCGGAAGGCAAUGGCGAACUGGUUGCCGGUAAACUAGAUGAUAUAUAUAAAACAGGAAAACUCGCCCACGUAGAAUUAGAUGAACGCGCACUGGAUGCGCUUAAAGAGUUUCCGGUCGAUGGUGCCUUGAAUGUAUUAAGUCAGUUCCUGGAAUCAAAUUUGGAACAUGUAUCGAAUAAAUCUGCGUAUUUAUGUGGGGUUAUGAAAACCUAUCGGCAAAAAAGUCGAGCCAGUCAACAAGGUGUACCAACACCAGCAACCACAGUGCAAGUUAAAGGACCAGAUGAGGAAAAAAUCAAAAAAAUACUAGAACGUACCGGUUACACUUUAGAUGUGACCACGGGCCAGCGCAAAUAUGGUGGACCACCUCCUAAUUGGGAUGGUCCGGUACCGGGUAAUGGUUGCGAGGUAUUUUGUGGGAAAAUACCCAAAGAUAUGUUUGAGGAUGAACUAAUACCCCUGUUUGAAAAUUGUGGCACCAUUUGGGAUUUACGAUUGAUGAUGGAUCCCAUGACUGGUACAAAUCGUGGUUAUGCAUUUGUUACUUUUACCACAAGAGAAGCCGCCUCUAAUGCCGUCAAACAGCUGAAUGAUUAUGAAAUUCGGAAAGGCAAAAAGAUUGGUGUAACGAUAUCAUUUAAUAAUCACCGGCUUUUUGUCGGCAAUAUACCUAAGAAUAGAGAUCAUGAUGAAUUAAUUGAGGAAUUUGCUAAACAUGCACCUGGCCUUAUUGAAGUGAUAAUCUAUAGUUCACCAGAUGACAAAAAGAAAAAUCGUGGUUUUUGUUUUCUCGAAUACGAAUCACAUAAAGCCGCUUCAUUGGCUAAAAGAAGACUUGGCACUGGUAGAACAAAGGUUUGGGGAUGUGAUAUUAUUGUCGACUGGGCUGAUCCACAAGAGGAGCCAGAUGAACAAACCAUGUCUAAGGUUAAAGUUCUUUAUGUAAGAAAUUUAACACAGGAUGUAACAGAAGAAAAAUUAAAGGAACAAUUUGAGCAAUAUGGCAAAGUUGAACGUGUUAAGAAAAUAAAAGACUAUGCUUUCGUGCAUUUUGAAGAUCGUGAUAGUGCUGUUGUUGCAAUGAGGGCCUUGAAUGGCAAAGAAGUUGGUGCUUCUAAUAUUGAAGUCUCCUUAGCAAAGCCACCUUCAGAUAAAAAGAAAAAGGAGGAAAUUUUACGUGCUCGUGAACGCAGAAUGAUGCAAAUGAUGCAAGGACGUCCUGGUGGUCUAGUAGGAAAUCUAUCGCCAACACAUCCCGGCAUGAUACCAUUAGGUACACCCAUGCGUAUACCAGGUGCUCCCAGAAUUCCUCUACGUACACCAAUGCCACGUGAUUAUGAUUAUGAUUAUGACUUUUAUGGUUAUUCGGAUUAUCGCGGUGCUGGCUACAAUGAUACGUAUUAUGAAGAUUUUUAUCGUACCUAUGAAGGAGAAUAUUUCUUUGAUUAUCCACCCGGUGCUGUGGCACCACUACCGCCACCUAUAGGCGCUAGUGGAGCUGCUGCAGGUGGUUUACCCAGAACAACGCGUAAUAAUGUGGGGGUUGGCCGUGGGCGUGGAAUCACAGCGCGUGGCCGAACCGUUGGGCUCCGUGGCAACAUCAAUCGUCAGGGGGCCCCUCAAGCGGCGGUGGUGGCGGCGGCGGUGGCGGCUCAACGGGGGGCCACCGUUCAGGGGGCUCUGCAAGCAACCGGGGGGGUCCGUGGGGUGGGACAAAUUCGUCCCAGCGCUCGUGGCACUCAGCACGCCAAACCGCUACAAAAUUUACCAGUAGUAGUCGGUAAACGUAAAUUUGAUGGAGGUCACCAAAAUCCAGCAGAUAUUAAGCGACGUUACCCAGGCGGUUUAAUAGGAAAUGGCGGCAGUUGGGGCAGUUUACCACUACCACAACAACCAUUAGGCACUAAUGGUGAACAAUGGUAUACGGAUACGUUUUCAACUUGGAGUUAAAAAAACUAAAUUUUCAAAAAAAAAAAAAAUUAACAAUUUUUUUUAUUUUAUAACAAAAUUCAAAUUCAAAACAAAAAUUAUUAUAAUUAAAG